AACUAUUCGUACGAGCUUUGGUUAGAGUCGGACACGCACACCGUCGGCUGCGCGCAAUGGUUUUACUUCGGCUGUCGGUCGUACACGGACAAGGACAUCGUGACGCACUUCCGGAUCGCCAAUCUGAAGAAGAACAAGAGUCUGCACCAGGAGGGCCUCCAGCCCUACGUCUUUUCCGUGAAGGAGCAAAAGUGGUCGUGCUUUUGCUGCUUCGACCUGGACUACUUCCCCGCGAAAAAAGCGAAGGCCGACCGGUUUUGUCUGCAGUGGUCGUACCGCUUCCAGGCCGAGGACACGGUGUUUUUCGCCCUGUUUUACCCCUACACCUACACGAUGCUGCGCCUGUUCUUGGAUAAACUGAAAGUGCAAAAGCAGGACCACGUGAUCGCUUCUGAGCUUUGCCGCACGAUCGCGGGCGUGCCGGUGCCCCUGCUCUGGGUGUCGGAAAACCUGGGCAACGCCAUGCAGACAGCAAAGGAGAAAGAAGUAAGUGCCCAUUGCCAAGCGGGAAAGCUUUUUGUUUUCCUCUGGUUCCAUUUUAUACUUUGCAGAAGUAAUACUAUACUAAGAUUUUCUACUUCCAAUUUUCAUUUUUGUCAUCUAAACUUUUUCCCCAGGAGCAGAUGGACAAGCAGCAGAUUUCGCCAACGGGAAUCCGGAAAACGGUGAAAGAGCACAUUGCCGACCUGACCUUCGGCAAAAAACGCAUCAUUUUUGUGAUUGCGCGCCAGCACAGUGGGGAAGUGGUUGGGAGCUGGGUGAUGCAGGGCUUCAUGCGGUUCCUGCUUGGCAAAAGUCUCUACGCGAAGGUUCUUCGCGAGAAGUUCGUCUUCCACCUGAUCCCGAUGGUCAACAUCGACGGCGUGGUCCACGGCAACGCGCGCUGCACGCUCGCUGGCGUGGAUCCAAACCGAGUUUGGCACGAUCCGAACCCGAUCAUCCACCCAGUUAUCCACCAGAUCAAGGAGUAUCUCCGGUCGCUCCCGCCGGACAGCGUGGACAUUUUUCUCGACCUUCACGGGCACAGCGCGAAGUGCUCCGCAUUCUUCUACGGC